AUGGUAUUUUGGAACAAGCGUGAAAAAGCAGAAGAAAAGAAGGAAGACGACCAUCAUGCUCUCACCACCGACAUACAAAACAAUCACGAUGCCUUUGGCCGUGAAGCAGAGAAUACGGAUAUCCUUACGGAGUUGAACACGGAUCAAGUCUUGGAUGUUGUCAUUAUUGGUGCUGGAUGGGCUGGCAUUUCAGCAGCCGCCACUUUGAAAAAGAAGGGCAUUGAGAAUUUCCAAGUCUUGGAAGCCAAGGGCUACAUUGGUGGUCGGUCCUUUACCCACCACGAGCAUUGGGAGGGCCAGGAUGUUCCCUGCGAUUUGGGUUCCAUGUGGAUUCAAAACGCCAAGGGCAACUUGUUGAACGAGUACAUUAAAAAGUACAAGAUUCCAACCCAUGUUUCCAAGUACAAUACUCGCAUCUAUGAGGAAAAUGGAAAGGGUCCAAUGGAUGACAAGAAGUACAACAAGUUGGAGGAGGAACUCUACGAAAAAGGGUUCUACAACUGUCAAGCCGCUCGCCAACAGUUGGCAUGGAUGCGGGGAGACGAACCACUUUCUAAAAGCCGCGACUUGUACCUUGCAAAGCUCAAGAAAAAGCCGCUCAAGCAAAAGCUCGCCAAAGUUUUGAUUCGAGACUCGAUUGAAUUGGAAUACUCCGGGUCUUUGGAAGAAUUGUCGCUGGAGCACUGGAAUACGGAUUCCUGGAUUGGUGGGUCCAACUCCCACGAUCAUUUUGUCAUGACGGGAUACAGUUCGCUCUUUUAUGCCUAUGCCAAAGAUGAAGGCCUAAUGGACAAAAUAGUUACGAAUGCUCCCAUUUCCAGUAUCAAUUCGACCUCCAAUUUGGUCAAAUUGACCUUAAAAGACCAACGAUCCAUCACGGCAAAGAGGGUCAUUGUAACGGCGCCCUUGGGUGUGUUGCAAGCCAAUGCGAUUGAAUUCAUCCCAGCCUUACCCAAGAGCCACAGCAAGGCCAUUCAACGACUGGGAAUGGGAAAGAUGAACAAGGUUUUCAUGUUUUGGAAGUCGGAAGAUGUCUUUUGGCCCAUGCCAACCACUUCCAAAAUUGAAGUUUUGGGGGAUGUUACGGAUCGAGACUCUACCUUUUUGUUUUACAACUCGCUCUCCUUUCAUGAGGAAAAGCCGGCACUCUAUGCCUUUUUCAAGGGUCCACAGGUGGAACAGAUUGAACUGGAGUUUGGUACUACCGAUCCCGAAAUGUAUGAAGAAAAGAUUACUGAACUGGCCAUGGAAUGCUUGCAAAGCAUGUUUGGAAAGGAUGCCGUGCCUCCACCAGAAAAGGUGGUCGUUACUGGAUGGUUGGCAGACGAGUACACUCGAGGUGCCUAUUCCUUCAACAAGGUCGGCAUGAAGUCCAAAGAUCGGGAAGUCUUGACUUUUCCCAUUGCCGAUGGCAGGAUUCAUUUUGCCGGAGAGGCGACGCACGAAAAGUACUUUGCCACGACAACUGGUGCCUUUCUGUCGGGACGGAAUGCUGCCAAGAAGGUGGUCAAGAAAUUGUAA